AUGUUGAUGCUAAUUUCCCUCCUUCUUAGCUUGGCAGCAAGCUGCCUUUCCACCCCGACGCCGGCGAUGCGGGACGAGGCCCAGGCACCUCUGGGAACAUGGCUCUGGGAGUCGACGAUCAUCUCCGACACAGCAAAGGUCGCGCAAUUUUUUGAUACCACGGUAUCAAGAGGGGUUGAACGUGUUUUCGCGCAGGUCAAUGCCGAUAUUCAGACCAGCGACUGGCAGAGUUUCAUCUCUCAGUGCGUCAGCAAAGGCAUCAAGGUUGAGGCAUUGAUUGGGAACCCCCAAUGGGUUGUCGGCACUGGUACGCCAUCGCUGCAAUCUCAACUAGAUUGGAUUAAACAGUACCAGGCGGCUGCCAUAACGAACUCCGGUUUUGCUGGUAUUCACAUGGACGUAGAGCCUUGGGGACUGGACGACUGGGAGGCAAACAAAUCCAAGUAUAUCGAGGGCUGGGAGGGAGUUGCCCAAAAGGUCGCAUCUCUUGCUUCAUCACUAGGCAUUACUGUUGCAGCCGAUCUCCCAUUCUGGGCCAAUACACUCGACAGCACUAUUGCAGGCCAGACCGUGGAUAUCUGGAUGCUCAACUUGCUCGACUAUGCAACCUUUAUGACCUACCGCAACACGGUCCCUGCUCUCCUGGAUAUUGCUGCUCCUGUCCUGGCUGCCGGAAACGAGGUUGGUAAGCCUGUCUGGCUGGCCGUAGAAACAAUUCAGCUGCCAGAGGACAACCUUUCGUAUUAUGGGCAGCCCGUCAGUAAGCUACAAUCCGACCUGAAUGAGAUCGCUACCGCGGUCCAAGGACAAGCCAGCUUUGCAGGCAUUGCUGUACAUGAUUACGAUGGGUGGUCGGCAUUGCCUUCAACU